AUGAAAGAGGUCAUCGAUCAGAAGAGAAUGGGGUCUCCGGGCACACGGAUUGCCACUGCCGACCCAAGAGCAGAGAUUGCGAAAUCCUCUUUAAUCAAGGAAGAGAAAGAUAGAGAUAGAGAGUGA